UGUCCAUGAUAGAGGAUCAUUUCAAGUACUUCAAGUCGAAUACGAGUUGCCACAGUCUGUUGCGGAUGCCCUUCGAUUAUCGUUGCAUGAUGGCCAGGGAGCUGCCCAACUGCAAGGAGAUUAUUAGUUAUUUCAACUAUUUCGAGUUGAUCUAUUGCUAUUUUCACAUACACGAAUUGAGAACUGAGACUUGUGUGAUGUUGUUGCUAUCAAUCGCUGCGAUUAUCUACUUUUUUAUCCUCUCCAUCGUUGUGGAUACCUACUUUACGCCCAUUUUGAAGAUACUCUCGAUCAAGCUGCAUAUGAAUGAAUAUUUAGCUGGCGUCACUUUUUUGGCCUUUGCCAAUUCAUCGCCAGACCUGAUUGCCAAUUUGAUGCCAAUCCGAGCGGACGCGGCAAUAUUCACCUGCACAAUUAGCAAUGCUCUGACCAUUGUGCUCCUCUGCGGGGGCAUGAUAUGCUAUUUGAAGCCAUUCAAAAUGGACGGACACAGCACUGUGCGAAAUCUUCUAUUCCUGCUGCUCGGCGUGGAACUGUUGCGUCACAUCAUGUUCAGUGCGCACAGUGUGACCAAGAAGGAGAGCGUAAUUCUACUCUCGCUUUAUGUUAUCUACCUGUUGAUAAAUAUAGCCGAUCUCAUUCUGAUGCGCUACACCAUUAAAAAUCUGCGAGUGGAGAUCGAAGAAUUGAGCAGUCGAAAACUUUCGAUGAAGCACAAACUGCAGCUGAAGAAAAAGAUGAAAUUUCUAGCUGAAUUAGAGUCGAAUGAAAUAAUGAAUUUUCACAAGCGUAAUUCACAAUAUUUUAGCCCACAGCCGUCGAACGCUAAUCCAGUCAGGGAUAUAUUCAGCACUCGCAGAUCCGAUGUCCAGCGUCCAACUCAAAUGGACUUUAAGUCGCAGCGCACAAUUCUGCACAAUGCGAACAACGCGAAGAACGUGUUCCUGCUGCGGGACUUCUUCGAGUCCCUGAAUCCCAUCGAUGCAAUGGAUUGGCAACUGAGUGGAUAUCUCGGCAAGAUACUGAUUGUGUUGAAGUCACCGUUUCUGGUGCUCAUCACGGCAUUUGUGCCCGUUGUGGACUAUGAGCAAUACAAGCAUGGCUGGAGCAAGCUGCUCAACUGCACCCAGAUUGUGACGAAUCCCUUCAUCGUCAUCACGGCAGUCCACUCCAAGUUUGCCAGUGUGUACAGUGGUUGGUACAUUGACUUUAACUACAGUUAUUCCAAGUGGUCUUUGUGCCUGACGAUUCCACUGGCGAUCUGUGUUUUUUUGCAUGCUCGCACCGAUUUGCCACCGCCAUAUCAUAUGCUGUUUAUCACACUGGGCGUAUCGAGCUCGGUUGUGCUGAUCACUUUGUGCGUUGGCGAAAUCGAAAUGCUCAACUCGAUUGUGGGCGUGGUCUUCAAUUUGAGCGAGAAUUUCAUGGACAUCACAUUCGGUUCGAUAACAAAUGCGACUAUCGAUCUGAUGGCUAAUUUUGCGUUAACCAAGCAGGGAUAUGAGAAAAUGGCAUACGCUGCCAUCUGUGCUGGUCCAUUUUUUAGCAUUGUUGUUGGCAUGGGCGUCGCUCUGCUGUUCAAUGUGAAUGCGCAGAAGCCGGGCUCCGACUUUUGGCUGUAUGGCGAGAAUGGCGAUAACUGUUAUAUAUUCGUGCUGAUCACCAUUGUGACCCAAUUGUGGUGGUGUCUAACGGUCAAUUUCUAUGCACGACGAUCGGCUGGCAUUUUUGCUUGGGCGCUGUACGCAGUGUUUCUCAUUUAUGUUGCUGGUGCUGAGUGGGAUCUGGUACAUGACUUUACCAGAGAUUUAUACUUUGAGCCAAAAUAAUGAACACAAAUAAUAAUAUUUUGU